AUGGGUCACGGGGCCAAUCCAAUGGCCAUAUUACCCCCCCAGAAAACCGCCCAACGAGAAAAAUCCCAAAAGAAGCAGAGACUUAUACUGGCCCCCUACAAGAGUACUAGAACAAGUCACUUUAACGGGGCAAAUCUAAACAAUACUCAGGUUGCAAUAAGGCGCGUAAAUGGAAGAAACAUCUCAAGUACCUUAAACUCCAAAACCGGAAGUAUAGGAGCUUAUGGAACCGAAAUCGUAGGCCCAAUCCAGAAGAUUAUAACCAGGGCCAGACUCCAAAUAGAGACGGGGAAAUCUCAUGAGGAGGAUUCACACCCACGAGACGGAGCAACCAGGAGGCGGAUAAAAUUAUGA